UGAAGCCACGGGGGGCUCUGUCCCGCCACCUGUAGUUGACGCAUCCUCGUUGUCCUGGGUGACCGACUCCUCUGUGUCUUGCUUCAUCUCAGAAUUCUCCAGAGUUGUAACCUUCUCCAAAAUGGGGAAAAGAAGCAGACAGAGGCAGAAAACCCAGCCUGCAGGCAGAGACCACAGAGACAACGCUGGUUGGGGUGCCGGUUAUGCUGACAUUGUGAAAGAAAAUAAGCUGUUUGAGCACUACUACAAGGAACAAGGCUUGGUUCCAGAGGGAGAGUUUGAACAGUUUAUGAACGCAAUGAGGGAACCGCUUCCAGCCACCAUACGUAUCACUGGAUAUAAAAGCCACGCGAAGGAAAUCCUUCAUUGCCUGAAGGAAAAGUACUUUAAGGACAUUGAGAAAUUGGAGAUCGACGGUCAGAAGAUCGAGGCGCCGCAGCCUCUCAGCUGGUAUCCCGACGAGCAAGCCUGGCACACCAACAUGAGUCGUAAGAUUAUUAGGAAGUGUCCCCUGCUGGAGAAAUUCCAUCAGUUUCUUGUCAGUGAAACGGAGUCGGGUAACAUCAGCCGCCAGGAAGCCGUCAGUAUGAUCCCUCCACUUCUUUUGAAGAUUGAGUCCCAUCACAAGAUUUUGGACAUGUGUGCAGCUCCUGGCUCAAAAACAGCCCAACUGAUUGAAAUGCUUCAUUCUGACAUGGAUGUGCCCUUUCCAGAGGGCUUCGUCAUCGCCAACGACGUGGACAACAAACGCUGCUACCUGCUGGUGCACCAGGCCAAGCGUCUCAACAGCCCCUGCAUCAUGGUGGUCAACCAUGACGCCUCCUGCUUCCCCAUGCUGCAGAUUCAAGAUUGUGACGGAAAGAAGGACAUCCUCUUCUACGACCGCAUCUUGUGCGACGUGCCCUGCAGCGGGGACGGCACGAUGAGGAAGAACAUAGACGUGUGGAAGAAGUGGACGACCAGUAACAGCCUGCACCUUCACGGCCUCCAGAUGCGUAUUGCCGUGCGCGGCGUGGAACAGCUGGCCGUCGGCGGCAGGAUGGUCUACUCCACCUGUUCUCUCAACCCCAUUGAGGAUGAAGCUGUCAUAGCGGCACUCCUGGAGAAAAGCGAAGGAGCACUGGAGCUGGUCGACUGCUCUUCUGACCUGCCCGGCUUGAAGUGGAUGCCCGGGGUGACUUCCUGGAAGCUGAUGACGAAAGAGGGCAAGUGGUACACUGACUGGUCGGAAGUUCCCACCAGUCGCCACACUCAAAUCCGACCCACCAUGUUCGCGCCGACAGAUGCAGAAAAGCUGGCUGGCAUGCACCUGGAGAGAUGUAUGAGGAUUCUGCCACAUCACCAGAACACGGGAGGUUUCUUUGUGGCUGUGCUACUGAAGAAAGCCCCGAUGCCCUGGAACAAAAGAUAUCCCAAACUGAGGAAAGAGGCCUCGUCUAGCGCCGAAGCCCGAACGCAAAGCUCUCCGGUGGCUCCGGCAGAGACUCCUUGUCUCCCCGAGGGUGAGGAGAUGCAGGAAGGAGGCAACGGCGGCGGCGGCGGCGAGGAGGCCCAGGCGGGAGCACCCAAAGGAGCUUCUUCCAGCGCCAAACAAGAUGGCGUGUGCGGACCUCCACCCUCCAAAAAGAUGAAGCUAUUUGGAUACAAAGAAGAUCCCUUUGUGUUCCUCAGUGAAGAUGACCCCGUCUUCUCCACCAUGCAAUCCUUCUACGACUUGUCUCCAAACUUCCCCAAGAUGAACGUGCUGACCCGAACCCACGAGGGCAAGAAGCGACAUUUGUACAUGGUCUCCAAAGAGUUGCGCAACGUGAUGCUCAACAACAGCGAGCGCCUGAAGAUCAUCAAUACAGGGGUGAAAGUGUGGUCUCGUAACAGCGAUGGGGAAGAGUUUGGUUGUGCCUUUAGACUGGCUCAAGAGGGUAUCUACACUCUGCAGCCGUAUAUUCGCUCGAGGAUCAUCACGGCGAGUGUGGAGGACAUCAAAGUGCUGCUGACUCAGGAAAACCCCUUCCUCAGCAAAUUGGAGGCGGACGCCCGCGCUCAAGCCCAAAAAAUAGUGAUGGGCAGCAUUGUGUUGAAGUACAUUCCCAACCCCAAUAAGCCAGCAGAGCCUCAGUGUUCCAUCCAACUGUGCGGCUGGAGGGGAAAGACGUCCAUCCGUGCCUUCGUCCCUCGCAACGAGAGGCACCACUACCUACGCAUGCUGGGCGUGGAGGUCUUCCGGGACAAGCAGGGCGUGGGUCAGAAGCCAACGGACGAGGAGGCCAAAGGCGAGGAGGAGGAGGAAGAGGAAGAAGCGGCGGUGGCGGUUGCGGAGGAGGACGAGAGGGGCCUGGAUUUGGACAACGGGAGUGAGAAUGGAUCAUCGGAAGUCAAGAUGGAUGGCGACAGUCAACGGACGAGCGUCUGAGAGUGAAAGAAGAGGAUUUAGUCAAAGUGCAUUGAAGCUCCGAGGGCUGCAGGCCGCUCCCGAAGAUUACGCUGUGUGUGUGUGGGGGGGGGAGAAAGAGGAGGAGCUUAUUCUUCAGCACAAUGUCGUAACCGAAGGAAUCCCUCUCAGAGGAAGACAGCUUGGCUGGAAUGUUUUGGGUAUUCCCCAGGAAGAGGCCUUUUUUUUUUUUUUUUUUUUUUAAUGUGGGGGGGAGUCAAUUCAAUGGUCUGUUGUUUCUUUUGUUUCAAGAAUGCUAUUCCACCUGCCCAGCAGUGGAAGCUUUCAUCCUGUUUUGCGUUGAAGAAUUUUAUAUUUCGUCAUCUCAUUUUGUACACCUGAAAUUGAGCCCAAUAAAGGUGGGAAAGAUUU